UAAACGACAAUGGGUUCCGCUUAACUCGCAUUCCAUUUAUGUUUACGGUGUUUCUCUCUGUCUCCCAAACUCCAAAUUCAAAAGGUUUUCAUUCACCAUUUAUUUCAUACCCAUCGCUUUCUCCUUCUUCUUCUUCUUCUUCUUCUUCUUCUUUUCUCCGUGUCCAACAAUGGGCACCGUCACCUACAGCUACAAAAUGUUCAAGUACUUCAAUAGAAAAUUCGCCGUCUCCGAGCAGGCCCCUCCGCCGGACGUCAAGGAGGCCUUCUCCGCCUUCUCCGACGCCGCUGCCGCAUCCAUGUCCGCCGACCAGCUCCUCCGCUUCCUGCACGAUCACCAGCGCGAAACGGACUGCUCCGCUGAGGAUUCCAACCGCAUCCUCGACAGCAUCAUUCAAUCGCGCAAACAAAACGACACCAAUGCCGAAUGCGACCACCACACCGACAACAACAACAAUGGUCUCAGCCUCGACGAGUUCUUCCGUUUCUUGUUCCUCGUCGAUUUCAACGAUCCCCUCAAAUCCCAGGUACAUCAUGAUAUGAAUGCUCCGUUGUCACAUUAUUUCAUAUAUACAGGGCACAAUUCCUACCUGACUGGGAAUCAGCUGAGCAGCGAUUGCAGUGAUGUGCCAAUCAUAAAGGCUUUGCAACGAGGUGUGCGAGUAAUUGAACUAGAUUUAUGGCCAAAUUCAACUAAAGAUGAUAUCGACGUAGUUCAUGGAAGGACACUUACUGCUCCUGUCUCACUUAUCCAAUGUUUAAAGUCCAUAAAAGAGUAUGCUUUUGUUAAAUCUGACUACCCAGUCAUCAUAACUUUAGAGGACCACCUUACACCAUUCCUUCAAGCUAAAGUUGCAGAGAUGAUAGCUCAAGUAUUUGGAGACAUGCUCUAUUUUCCUCAGGCAGAUUCUCUGACAGAAUUCCCCACACCAGAAUCGUUGAAAGGUCGAAUUCUUAUAUCAACCAAACCACCAAAAGAAUAUCUUGAAUCCAAGCAAUUCAAGGAUAGUGACAGUGAGAGGGAAUCAACUGAAGAAGGAUCAUUAUCCCCAUGUGUUAUCCCUGAAUUGGAGGCUGUUGAUGAGAAGUUAAAUGGAAGUGAUCUUGAUGAGGAAGGCUUGAAUGCUCGUGAUAAAAAAUCAGACCAACAGAGUGCACCUGAGUACAAACGUUUGAUUACAAUCCAUGCUGGGAAGCCAAAGGGUCAUGUAAAGCACCACUUGAACAAUGUUGGGGGCGUGAAGCGCUUGAGCUUGAGCGAACAGGAACUUGAAAAGGCUUCUGCUACUUAUGGAUCAGAUAUUGUUAGAUUUACACAGAAGAAUAUUAUCAGGGUGUAUCCAAAGGGAACACGUGUUACCUCCUCGAAUUACAGGCCACAUAUAGGAUGGAUGUAUGGAGCUCAGAUGGUGGCAUUUAACAUGCAGGGGCAUGGAAAAUCACUCUGGUACAUGCAAGGCAUGUUUAGAGCAAAUGGCGGGUGUGGUUAUGUGAAAAAGCCUGCAUUUCUAAUAGAAAAAGGUCCACAUAAUGAGGUUUUUGAUCCUAAAAGAGCAUUGCCAGUGAAGAAAACAUUGAAGGUGAAAGUAUAUAUGGGAAAUGGGUGGAGCUCAGAUUUCAGCAAAACGCACUUUGAUUCCUUCUCUCCACCGGACUUUUACACAAAGGUUUGCAUUGUUGGAGUACCAGCUGAUAAAGCCAAUAAGAAGACCAAGGUAAUUCAAGACAACUGGUUUCCCGUCUGGGACGAAGAGUUUGAAUUUCCCUUGACUGUUCCAGAACUAGCUUUGCUCCGAAUAGAAGUUCGAGAAUAUGAUAAGCAUGAAAAGGAUGACUUUGGUGGGCAAACAUGUUUGCCAAUCUCUGAGUUAAGAUCUGGUUUCCGUGCAGUCCCUCUAUUUGAUCAGAAGGGCGAGCAAUUAAAAUCUGUAAAGCUUUUAAUGCGGUUUCAGUUCAAAUGAACUACAAAGAUUAGCCAUUAUUUAGGCAUGUAACAUGAUAUAAUAUUCCUAGGUGGUUUUCCUUUUGACUAGUGUGACUAGGGGCAUCAAGAAGAUUGUUUUAACUAUAUUAUGGGCUUAAGAGGUUUAUUUAUCUAACUUAUCUUCACCUUCAACACAACACAAACAUAUUAGCAACAUCAAUUUUUAUUCCUGAGUGCUGUUAAUUUUAAGGUGUAUACUGAUGCGAGACCUGAGACCAGAAAGGCAUAAUGUAGAUGGGAGUUUGAUGUCAUA